CCGCCACCUCGCCGCCUCAGCCUGGCGGGGAGGAGGAGGAGGAGGAGCACCAGGCCUCCGGGCCCCUGCACCGCCGCCCUCAGGACAUUUCUGAUUCAUUUGCAUCCUUGAAGAGCAUCUGUAGAAGAGGAAGGAAAAGAUGGGUGUGAAAACAUUUACUCAUAGCUCCUCUUCCCAUAGCCAGGAAAUGCUUGGAAAGCUAAAUAUGCUGCGAAAUGAUGGACAUUUUUGUGAUAUCACUAUUCGUGUCCAGGACAAAAUCUUCCGGGCACAUAAGGUGGUACUAGCAGCUUGCAGUGAUUUCUUUCGCACCAAACUUGUAGGCCAAGCAGAGGAUGAGAACAAGAAUGUGUUGGAUUUGCAUCAUGUUACAGUGACUGGCUUUAUACCCCUUUUAGAAUAUGCUUACACGGCCACUCUGUCAAUUAACACAGAAAAUAUCAUUGAUGUUCUAGCUGCAGCCAGCUAUAUGCAGAUGUUUAGUGUUGCUAGCACCUGCUCAGAGUUCAUGAAGUCAAGCAUUUUAUGGAAUACACCCAACAGCCAACCAGAAAAAGGUCUAGAUGCUGGACAAGAAAACAACUCUAGCUGCAAUUUUACUUCUCGAGAUGGAAGUAUAUCGCCGGUGUCUUCAGAGUGCAGUGUGGUAGAAAGAACCAUUCCUGUCUGCCGAGAGUCCCGGAGAAAGCGCAAAAGCUACAUUGUUAUGUCUCCUGAAAGUCCUGUAAAGUGUAGCACACAAACAAGUUCUCCCCAGGUAUUGAAUUCUUCAGCUUCCUACUCAGAAAAUAGAAAUCAACCAGUUGACUCUUCUUUAGCUUUUCCCUGGACUUUUCCUUUCGGAAUUGAUCGAAGGAUUCAGCCUGAUAAGGUUAAGCAGGCAGAAAAUACCAGGACUUUAGAAUUACCUGGCCCAUCUGAAACGGGGCGAAGAAUGACUGAUUACGUGACUUGUGAGAGCACAAAAACUACCUUGCCUUUGGGUAGUGAAGAAGAUGUCCGGGUCAAAGUAGAAAGGUUAAGUGAUGAGGAGGUCCAUGAAGAAGUGUCUCAGCCUGUCAGUGCAUCUCAGAGUUCACUGAGUGAUCAACAGACAGUGCCAGGAAGUGAGCAAGUCCAAGAAGACCUUCUGAUUAGUCCACAGUCUUCCUCUAUAGGCUCAGUAGAUGAAGGUGUCACUGAAGGGUUGCCUACACUUCAAAGCACUUCUAGCACUAAUGCUCAUGCAGAUGAUGAUGAUCGAUUGGAAAAUGUUCAGUAUCCCUACCAACUCUACAUUGCUCCUUCUACCAGCAGUACAGAACGACCAAGUCCAAAUGGUCCAGAUAGACCAUUUCAGUGUCCAACUUGUGGGGUACGAUUCACCCGUAUUCAGAACUUAAAACAGCACAUGCUCAUCCACUCAGGAAUUAAACCAUUUCAGUGUGACCGCUGUGGGAAAAAGUUCACCAGGGCUUACUCGCUAAAGAUGCAUCGCCUAAAGCAUGAAGGUAAACGCUGUUUCCGGUGCCAGAUAUGUAGUGCCACUUUCACUUCCUUCGGGGAAUAUAAACACCACAUGAGGGUUUCCCGGCACAUUAUCCGCAAGCCUCGGAUUUACGAGUGCAAAACAUGUGGCGCCAUGUUCACCAACUCUGGAAAUUUAAUCGUGCACCUGAGGAGUCUGAACCAUGAAGCGUCAGAGCUAGCAAACUACUUCCAGAGCAGUGAUUUCCUAGUACCGGACUACUUAAACCAGGAGCAAGAAGAGACCCUUGUUCAGUAUGAUCUUGGAGAACACAGUUUUGAAAGCAACUCCUCUGUUCAAAUGCCUGUAAUUUCGCAGGUCUCCUCGACCCAGAAUUGUGAAAGCACUUUCCCCUUGGGGUCUCUUGGUGGGCUGGCAGAAAAAGAGGAAGAAAUGCCAGAGCAGCCAAAGACCAGUGUUUGUACUGAGGCAACCAGAGAUGACCCCCCAAAAUCAGAGCUGUCUUCUAUAACCAUUGAAUAAUUUCAUGGUUUGGCUUCAUUUUUGGUUUUUGGAAAGUGCCUGUGCUUGGUCUUGUACUUUUAAAUUAAAUUUAAUUUUUUAAACAUAAAAGAGUUCGGGAAAGAAUUUCCCUUUUUACUUUGUAAGCCCCGCAACUGAUGUUUUAUUUUUCAUGACUGAGAGAUUGCUUCUGUAAGUGCACAAUAACACAAUGUUGAAACAUAAUUGAAACUAUGAGACUUAAGGAGAGCCAAUAGACUUAAGGUCUCUAUCAGUUUCUUCUUCCAUUAUUAAAAGUAGGCUAAUGAGAUCAUGAGGUAAAGAAGAAUUCAGAUGAUUGUUGACCUUCCUGAGAUGAAAGGGUACACCAGAAACAAAUUAUUGAACAUAAUUUGACAGGUAGCCUGAGUAGAUAUUUGCUCUUUAUACACAGGAUGUUGUACAAUAUUUUGUAAAGCCUGUUGGUUUUGGAAAUAUUUACGGUAAGCUUUCUUAAAAAUUAUUAGGGUAAAUGCUUCUGAAAUCCAGUGUACUCUUUUUUUUUUCUUUUUUUUAAGCUUUGUCAUUUCUAUUAUUUUUCACAGUAAAAAUUUGGUGUUGGGACAGGCAGUCCCUGAACUUUUUUUUAGUACCACUCCAAAUAAUCUUUCUUCUAUGAAGUCGGAGAACCAUGAUUGAGAGUAGUCAGGCUGUGCAUGAAAUGACCAGGAGUGGGAAAUGAAGUACAUAAAUCUCAGCUUUAUAGGAACUCUUUUAAUACUGCUUUUCUGACUAAAAUUGUUGUUUACCUGGUCUCUGAAUGUUAGUGCCUGGCUAAUUAGGUCAUUGCCUAAAUCAUUUUCCUCUUGCCCCAUGAACAGUACUUCCUCUUGCAUAUACUGGCAUGAUAUAUAAAGGAAAAAUAUUGGAGAUACUCUAUAUUUUAUAUAUAGGCUUAUGUAAUCUUGGGGAUGUUUCUUUUGUGCUGAUUUGGACAAAAUAAAAUAAUUCUCUGUUAAGGCUACGUUCUUAACCCAAUUAAGAUUGUUUACAAAAUUCCUUAUGUCAGUGAUACUUUGUUUUUUGUUCCAAAAUAUUUUUAGACAUUGCCAAGUUUAUUAAAAGGGUUAGUGUAGAUUUUACACAAUGUAAGCAAUAAUGUAAAAGAUAAGAAGAGGCUUUAAAUUAAUGAUCUAUGACUCAUUAAUCAAGGAGGGGAAGAAUCGUUAAGACUAAAACUAAAAACCUUAAAUUAAUAUCACUUCUUUUGCUGCUAAAAAAAUGAAACUUCCUGUUUAUAGUUGAAAUUUAUGUGAUAUUCUAGACUGGAGUAUACUUUUCAUCUAGUGCCACUAAACAUCACUGACCUUGAUCCUAAAUAUUCAUGAGUCCAUAGACAAUGAACUUCUGAAUAACUUUUUUCUAUGUAUAUUCCCAAACUUUAAUAAUUAUAAGAACACCUGAUUAAAUUAGAAAAAGAAACUAAAUACAGUUUCUUAUUCAAAACACCAGUUCUGAAUUUUGUCCGGGUGCUAGACCUUAAUAAUAAAAUUAAUUUUUAAGUUAUAGUGAUUUUACUUGUUUCAUUUUUUUAAUUGGCUAAUUCUGUGAUUGAUUUUCCUCCCACAAAUGUAAAAGAAGGGAAAGUAAAUGCAUUGAAGAUUUUUUUUUUCAGGUAACACUCUUUUUCUUGAUUCUGCUGUCU